CAGGACCUCCUACGAUAUAUGACGCUACGACCUCCUCUAUAGUAUUGCUCAAGACGUCAAGGCCAAGGGAGUAGGUGCAUGAAUCCAUGAUGGAGGAAGGAUUCAUUUGAUGCAGAAAUCAUCAUGGGGGUAGAGAAGGAAGAUUCACAGCCUUCAGGCAACAUUGACAAGGCACAUCUAGCGGCACCUAUAAAAACAGUGGAGGAGAAAUGGAAGUUACUACCAGCCUUUCUGAAGGUACGGGGUUUGGUGAGACAGCAUAUCGACUCCUUCAAUUACUUCAUCAAUAUUGAGAUCAAGAAGAUAAUGAUGGCCAAUGAGAAGAUAGUGAGUGAUGCAGAUCCUAACUUCUAUAUGAAAUAUCUGAAUAUCUAUAUUGGAACACCAGAUGUAGAGGAGAGUUUCAACAUUACCAAACCAAUCUCCCCUCAUGAAUGCCGUCUACGUGAUAUGACGUACUCCGCACCAAUUACUGUAGAUGUAGAAUAUACAAGAGGCUCACAGAGGGUCAUCAGGAAUAACUUACCUAUAGGAAGGAUGCCUAUUAUGUUACGAAGUUCCAACUGUGUCUUGAAUGGGAAGAGUCCAGCAGAGUUAGCCAAGUUAAAUGAAUGUCCUUUAGAUCCAGGAGGUUACUUCAUAUGUAAAGGUGUUGAGAAAGUCAUCUUGAUUCAAGAGCAGCUGUCAAAGAAUAGAAUGAUUGUUGAAUCUAGUAAGAAGGGGAGUGUUACCUGCAAUGUUACAAGUUCAACUCAUGAAAAAAAGAGUCGUACCAAUGUUAUCCUGAAGAAAGGGCGACACUAUCUGAAGCAUAAUACAAUGUCUGAGGAUAUUCCGAUUGUAGCAGUAUUUAAAGCUAUGGGAAUGGAGAGUGAUCAGGAGAUAGUACAGGUUAUUGGAGUUGAAGACAGUAUUAUGUCAAUAUUUGCACCCAACCUUGAAGAGUGUCAUAAACUACAGAUCUACACACAAACACAGGCUUUAAAGUUCAUUGGAAGUAAAGUGCGUCAGAGACGAAUGUGGGGUGGAUCUAAGAAGAGUAAGACUGAUGAAGCUAGAGAAAUCUUAGCAACUACCGUACUAGCACAUGUUCCUGUUGUUCAAUUCAAUUUCAAGCCUAAAUGUAUCUAUCUGGCAUUAAUGGUGAGACGAGUGAUACAAGCACAGGGAGAUGUGUAUAAAGUAGAUGAUAAGGAUUACUAUGGCAACAAGAGAUUAGAGUUAGCUGGUCAGUUGAUAGCCUUAUUGUUUGAAGAUCUAUUCAAGAAGUUUAACAGUGAGUUAAAGAAGAUUGCUGAUCAGACCAUUCCUAAGCCAAGAGCAGCUCAGUUUGAUAUCGUCAAACACAUGAGACAAGAUCAGAUUACUAAUGGACUCAUCAUUGCUAUCUCAACGGGUAACUGGUCAGUAAAGAGAUUCAAGAUGGAUAGAGCUGGAGUGACGCAAGUCUUGUCCAGAUUGUCCUUUAUUUCAUGUCUUGGUAUGAUGACAAGGAUCUCCAGUCAGUUUGAGAAGACAAGGAAAGUGAGUGGACCUCGAUCCCUUCAGCCAUCACAAUGGGGAAUGUUAUGUCCAUCAGAUACACCAGAAGGAGAAGCAUGUGGUCUUGUCAAGAACUUGGCAUUAAUGACACAUAUAACAACAGACAUGGAGGAGGAUCCUAUCAUUCAACUUGCAUUCAAUCUAGGAGUAGAAGACAUCAGUCUACUAUCAGGAGAGGAACUUAGCUCACUACAUACAUAUCUGGUCUUCCUUAAUGGUAAUAUUCUUGGAGUGAUUUGUGACCAUUUGAAGCUUGUUAAAGCAUUCCGUAUGAUGAGGAGAGCUGGUUACGUCAAUGAAUUUGUAUCUAUCUUUGCAAAUCAUUCUCAGCGUACAGUUUACAUUGCUUCAGAUGGUGGGCGUGUCUGCAGACCCUACAUCAUUGUUAGUAAAGGCAUCCCUAAGGUAACCAAUCAGCAUAUGCAGGAAUUGAAUCAAGGUUUCCGUAGCUUUGAAGAUUUCUUGCAGGAUGGACUCGUGGAGUAUUUGGAUGUGAAUGAAGAGAAUGAUUGUCAGAUAGCUCUCUAUGAAUCAUUUAUUACAAGUGAGACCACUCAUCUGGAGAUUGAACCAUUCACUAUACUGGGUGUAUGUGCUGGCCUUAUUCCAUAUCCACAUCAUAACCAGUCACCAAGGAACACAUAUCAAUGUGCAAUGGGCAAACAAGCUAUGGGCACUAUUGCAUAUAAUCAGCGUAAUCGCAUUGACACUUUGAUGUACUUACUGGCUUACCCACAAGCUCCAUUAGUCAAGUCAAAGACCAUUGACCUGAUUGGAUUUGAUAAGAUACCAGCCGGGCAGAAUGCUAUCAUUGCUGUAAUGAGCUACAGUGGUUAUGAUAUUGAAGAUGCACUCAUCUUAAACAAAGCAUCUGUAGACAGAGGUGUUGGCCGAUGUCUUGUUUACCGGAACCAGAAGUGUACAUUAAAGCGUUAUGCUAACCAGACAUUUGAUCGUGUGAUGGGACCAAUGCUAGAUGCAACAACUAAAAGCCCAAUCUGGAAACAUCAAGUACUGGAUAUGGAUGGCAUAUGUGCACCAGGUGAGAGAGUGAAGAACAAGCAAGUAUUACUCAACAAGUCAAUGCCAGUAGUUACUAUGAAUCCACUCCCUUGUAAUCCAACUGGUGAACAACAAACAGAAUUCAGAGAUGUGCCUAUUACGUUUAAAGGAACCCAAGAUUCCUACAUUGAGAAGGUUUUGAUAACUUCAAAUCCUGAAGAAGCUUAUCUUAUCAAAGUCCUUCUCAGACAGACCAGAAGACCAGAGAUUGGUGAUAAGUUCAGCAGUAGACAUGGACAGAAAGGUGUAUGUGGCCUGAUCGUGCAGCAGGAAGACAUGCCGUUCAAUGAUCUAGGAAUGUGUCCAGAUAUAGUCAUGAACCCUCAUGGAUUCCCCUCUAGAAUGACAGUGGGUAAGCUCAUUGAACUACUUGCUGGUAAAGCUGGAGUCUUGGAUGGAAAGUUCCAUUAUGGAACAGCGUUUGGUGGUGAUAAAGUGAAGGAUAUUUCUCAAGACUUAAUCAAGCAUGGUUUCAACUACCUCGGCAAAGACUACUUGACAUCUGGUAUUACAGGGGAGCCAUUGAGUGCAUACAUCUACUUUGGUCCAGUAUACUACCAGAAACUGAAGCACAUGGUAUGUGAUAAGAUGCAUGCUAGAGCUAAGGGACCUAGAGCUGUAUUGACUAGACAACCUACUGAAGGAAGAUCAAGAGAUGGUGGUUUAAGACUUGGUGAGAUGGAGAGAGAUUGUUUGAUUGGUUAUGGUGCUAGUAUGUUACUCCUAGAACGCCUAAUGAUAUCAAGUGAUCAGUUCCAGGUAGAUGUAUGUGGACAAUGUGGACUCCUGGGCUAUUCUGGAUGGUGCCAUUACUGCAAGUCAUCACGUAAUGUUUCAUCUCUACGUAUUCCAUAUGCCUGCAAGUUACUCUUCCAAGAAAUGCAAUCCAUGAACAUUGUGCCUCGACUUAAACUUAAGAAAUAUACAGAGUGAAGGAGACAGCAGGAAAUGCAAGCAAAUGCUUAGGCCAAUAGACAAACAUGUUAAGCAUCCCCGCCCGCUUCCUUUCUAGAGGACACCUCCUUCUUUUUCCUUUUUAAAAGGAUACAUUUUAGCAAUUUUGACAAAAUAAAAACAAACUCCUUUUUAUGAAAGAGUAGGAUGCUAAACCGAUUUUGUUUAUUUGGCUUUAUAAUUUAGAAUCUACAAUACAUCAUGUUUGCCAAAGGAUCCAAAGAAUUUCAACUUGGGGUCUUAAGGUAUUCACUAAAAUUAUUUUCAACAAUUUCUUCAUUUUGUUGUUGUUUUAGUGUUUGAUGUUUGCCCUUUAAAGACCAUAGCGGCUGUACGUGGUUUGUACCCAAACCAAAUAGAGAAUAUAAACAGCAAUAAGAUUUGACCUACUUUAAUUCGAUCAAGAUGUCUUAAAAAGGUCUAGACUUGAAUUUAUUUGUCCAUUAAAAAGACAAAAAUGGGAAAUUUACAUUAAUACAAAACAUUAAUAAAAAGCUCCAAAACAGAACAUUAACUCAAAAAUACAGAAAUUAAGUUAUUGGUUCUGACCUUAAAUCUUUAUUCAUAAAUACCCCAGACAGUUUCUCUACUCCUAUUGGUGGAGAGCGCAUCACGUGGGUGUGCAU